AUGAGUGUUACAGAAGACACAGAAACUAUUAGAACCUUGUUUCGGCAGCAGCAUGGCUUUCUCAUGUCAAAGAUUAUGUUCACUGCCUGUGAGUUGGGAGUAUUUGAUCUGCUCUUGGAGUCAGGAGAACCCCUGAGCAAAGGGGCCAUUGCCGAACGCCUCAGCACCAGCCCCAGUGGAACGGAGAGGCUGCUGGAGGCCUGUGUGAGCUUAAAGCUCCUGAGGAUGGAGAGGAAGGACAGCGAAGGACUUUAUGGUAACACAAACCUUGCUAAUCUCUAUCUUGCUAAAUCAAGCCCAAAAACUCAGUAUCAUUACCUGAAGCACUCCUCGGAAGUCGUCUAUCCAGGUCUGCAGUUCUUGACUGACAUUGUGAGGGAAGGGGAAGGACUAUUUAAGAAAACACAUGGCAUGUUACCAAACAGUUGUUUUGAGGCUGUUUACAGAACAGAGGAAGAAGUGCAAAGAUUCUCUGAUGCCAUGGAUGAUGCCUGGAAUUUGCAUGGUAGAGAAGUGAUGUCUGCAUUUAGUCUUUCUCAAUUCCCACUCAUUUAUGAUCUGGGAG